CAUGGUGAUGUACCUGCUCCACAGAGACCUGACGGCCGGCGUCCUGUGUGCAUCCAGUCUCUCUUCAUCCUCUGAACGAGACGCAGCGCUGUCAUCGACACGUCAUGGGUCUUUGUGCCAAAGUCCAACAUCUCAACCUGUUGUAAACCUGAGUGACGUCAUAACCAGCGCGAUUGUUUCCCGCGCUCUGUCGCCACCUGGCGGAGCAGGAGGAUGAGCAGGAUCUAAAAUGGCGGACGGAGAAACAGUGACUGCAGCUGCUUUUCACUCGCGACACACGACAGCGGCGGAUUAAUACGUCAUUAAAGAUCACCGCUGAUUAUCGAUCACAUCAGAGGCGCUCGUGCCCGCUGACUGCUCUGGAAGUCAUCGUUAUGCUGCGCAUGUGACGUCACUGGUUGCUAUUGAAGAUGGCAGCUGAACUGUUGUCCACCAGCCUCCCUCACGGUGACGAGGUGGAGGUGAAGAAAAGUUUCAUUCAGCAGAACCAGCCGGAGCCAGAGUCUGAGAACCCGUGUGAGCGAGACUCCGAGCAGCUCCACGCCACUGAUGACGGAGACAGGUGGCAGGCGGCCCCGCCCACCCUCCGAGAGAGGAACGCUUUGAUGUUCAACAACAACCACAUGGCCGACGUUCACUUCCUUGUUGGUCCUCCAGGAGGAGCUCAGAGAGUCCCAGCUCAUAAGUACGUCCUGGCAGUGGGCAGCUCAGUGUUUGGAGCCAUGUUUUAUGGAGAUCUGGCCGAGGGACAAUCCGACAUCCAGAUACCCGACGUGGAACCAACGGCUUUCCUCAUCCUGUUAAAGUACAUGUACAGUGAUGAGAUCGAGCUGGAGGCCGACACGGUGCUCACGACACUCUACGCUGCCAAGAAGUACAUUGUUCCUGCUCUGGCGAAGGCGUGCGUGACCUUUCUCGAGACCAGCCUGGAGGCAAAGAACGCCUGCGUCCUGCUGUCUCAGAGCCGGCUGUUUGAGGAGCCGGAGCUGACGCAGCGCUGCUGGGAGGUGAUCGACGCCCAAGCGGAGCUCGCUCUGCAUUCAGACGGUUUCUGUGAGAUUGACCAGCCGACCCUGGAGAUCGUCCUUCAGAGAGAAACGCUCAACGUACGAGAGGUUGUCGUUUUCCAGGCAGUGCUGAGCUGGGCGGCUGCUGAGUGUCAGCGGCAGGGUCUGCCGGUGACCCCAGAGAACCAGCGCGUGGUGCUGGGUAAGGCUUUGUACCUGGUCCGGAUCCCGACCAUGACCCUGCAGGAGUUUGCAGACGGAGCGGCUCAGUCGGACGUUCUAACGCUGAAGGAGACUCGUGAUAUUUUCCUGUGGUACACUGCAACCAAAAAACCAAGACUGGAUUUUCCUCUAGUGAAGCGGAUGGGUUUGGCUCCACAGAGGUGCCACCGCUUCCAGUCCUCAGCCUACCGCAGUAACCAGUGGCGCUACAGGGGGCGCUGUGACAGCAUCCAGUUUGCAGUGGACAGGAGGAUCUUCAUUGCUGGACUCGGUCUGUACGGGUCGAGCAGUGGGAAAGCAGAGUACAGUGUGAAGAUUGAACUGAAGAGGCAGGGAACUAUUCUGGCCCAGAACGUCACCAAGUUCCUGUCCGACGGGUCGAGUGGAACUUUCCCCGUGUGGUUCGAACACCCGGUUCAGGUGGAACAGGACACCUUCUACACCGUCAGCGCCGUCCUGGACGGAAACGAGCUGAGUUACUUUGGACAGGAGGGGAUGACCGAGGUGCAGUGUGGGAAAGUGACCUUCCAGUUCCAGUGUUCCUCGGACAGUACCAACGGGACCGGUGUGCAGGGGGGACAGAUCCCAGAACUUGUAUUCUACUGCUGAACGGACUGAAACUUGAUCUGUAAACACACUCAUGAACUGUUGCUCUGAGCUGGAAGCUGAUUGGCUCAAGGGAAACCCUGAAAAUAAAGUGUGUUGUUUGUUUGUAGUUUGUGCAGCUGCCUUUUAUGUCCCUGUUGGACAGGGACACGAUGGACACAUUAAACUGUGAGGAACAUCAGCAGUUACUGUCGAAGCUGCUCGUCUUCUUAUUUGAGACACUAAUAAAUCCUGAGUGUAAUGGUGGGCGGAGUCAGACACUAUAAUAAAUCCUGAGUGUAAUGGUAGGUGGAGUCAGACACUAAUAAAUACUGAAUGAAUAGUGUUUGUGCUGUAUGUGGGCGUGGUCAGUUGACGUGUCAGGUGACGUUCUCACCGAUGGCGGGCGCAUUGAUGCAGAGUUCACGAGCCAGCAGCAGGAAGGUUUUUCCCAGGAUGUAAACGUUCACCUGCAAACAGGAAGCAGUUUAACAACAAACAGGAAGCAGUUUAACAACACAAGCUCCAGGGAGAGCAGCUGACCGAAGGCCAGAGGUCAGAGGUUGUCAUACCUGCAGGAGGUCACUCAGGUCCAGCAGCAUGUCUGUCACACAGGUCAGGAAGAGUCUGACAGUCAUUUUCAACACGCACACACACACGCAACACAAAUGUCACAGCUGUUGCUUGGAUACGUGGCGUCCCCUCAGUGCGACACACCAGGUACAGACAUGCGGCGAUCACAUGCUCCAUCUUCCGUCCUCUGGUCAGGUGUUUACUGACCACCAUCUUAAAGAAGUUAAAGGCCGUGUCCAAACAGUGCUGGUUCAGCUGCAGCUGACUGCCAAGCUGCUGGAUCUGACGCUUCCCUGUGCACACACACAACUUUGAUGAAGAUGAUGACAAUGAUGAUAACGAUGAUGAUGAAGGUACUCACCGCUCUGUAGGGUCUGAGCUCUGGACUCUUUACCAACACUGGUGUGGAAACCAGAACCCAGUUGAGGAGCUUUAACUGGACCUGAAGGAGAAGAGGGACAGGUGAGUCCAUCUGUCCAAUCAUUUCAUUUCAUUGAUGUCCUGUGUUCACAGGCUCCGCCUCUCAUCAGACUCAUCAGCAUCAGCUGGUGGCAGAGUGAUCAUGUGAUAAGGUCACCUGGCUGCAGAGCCACACCUUGCCUCACAGAGAGACGACGGCCAUGAAAACUGCAGCUUUGUUUCUCACUCAUCAUGCUGAUGUAGGAGACCGAGGAGACACCACAGACCGAGGAGACAGAGGAGAGACCACAGACCGAGGAGACACCACAGACACCACAGACGCCACAGACAGAGGAGGCGCCACAGACGGGAGACACCACAGACAGAGGAGACGAGAGUCCAGUCCCAGUGUAGAGACCGGUACCUGUGGAUCCACAUCGUGUCUCCACAGACGCCGCGCUUCCAGGCUGUAGGUGAGUUCUUUGAGUUGAUCACAAAUGUACAGGUCAAAUGUGACCUUUGACCCUCAGAUGUUGGGACGUAGAUGGAAAUGGCGUCCACGUCAUCAACGAUCAGCUGGCCUCGCAGUGUGGUUACACCGUCAGUGCGCUGCAGGUGGAGGAUGUCACCACCUUCAGGGCUUUGUAUUAUUCCUGCUUCACUCACAACCAGGUGAGGUUGGCCGAGGGCGGGGCCAAGGGCAGGUCUCCUCAGCCAGUGUGAUCAACUCGUCUUUUUUUUCCCUCCAGAACGAUUAAGUUUUCAUGUUCAGAUAUAACGUGACGGUGGCGUUAAAUGGGCGGGGCACGCAGUGUCUGUAGCGUGUUCCGCUUGGUCAUGGACGCACAGAGAGGUCACCUGUGAGGACCACUACAUGGAGGUGUGUGACACAUUGAAAUAAAUCACUAGGACUGUAUGUGGGUGAGCCACAUUCAUGAUUAUCACAGUAAUUCAUCGACACUCAAAGCUGCUUUACACUUUGACAUUCACUCACACUUUUACACCCAUUCACACAAGCAACGUGGGGUUCAGUGCCUUUGCCCAAGGACACGUCAGCAUUUAGACUCGGGAAUGGAACCCACAACCUUCGAGUUGAAAGACGACUCGCUCUACCUAAAUGUGGUGUGUCAUGUGACCCAGGUGAACGACAGUCCUCAUGUGAAGGUCAGCAGGGAGGAGGUGACCACAUGUGGCCAGCAGCAUUCUCUCAGGUAUCAGAACCAUCAGCUGGAGAUGGAUUCAUUGUAACUGGAUAUGUCUGAUUGGACUUUAGGCUCAGACGAUGGCCACGCCCACCUGGCAGCUGUUGUUCCUGCAAAGACAUGGACAGAUGUCCUCCAUGUCCAUCAGUGAGGCACAGACGCCAGGCUACAGCCUGACCACUGGGUGAUGCUGCGCUCGCGGUACAAACAGCAGCAUGCUAACGUCAUGAUGGUUGGGGAGUCCUCUGUGGUUUAUGAGAAUGAGAUCAUCCAUGACAGACAGCUGAUUCCAGAUGGACCUCAUUUCAUCUCAAGAGAAUCGCAGUUUAAGUAAGAACCUAACCUUGUGGCCCCGCCCUUCCUGUUGGAACACAACCAUGUGCCAAUGUAGGCAAAUAUUGUGACUGUUUGUUGAACAGGUUGACACUGAGGUGCUUCUACCUACUAAGUGCAGUCAGCAGACUUUCUGUGGACAGGAUAUUCAGAGCAGGGGCUCCUGGGUUUGGUUCGAUCCAGGUCUUUGCUGCAGAUUCAGCAAAUCAAGUCCCCCGGGAAAAGUGUAUACAUCAGAUUUCUGGAAAUACCCCACUUAUUGGCGUCAGCCAAAGCCCUGCAGCAGAUGGUGCUGUGCCUCAACCCAAACCUGGGUCUAUCCACUUCACUGAAGUAUCAUCUUCUCUCCCAGACCUCCAAACAUUUCAAACUGUCCCUCAGCAGGUGUCCUCUCACCCUGGUCAACUUAUGUCUCAUCAAAAGGACCAAAGUGUCUCCUCAUCAUUUCCCCACAUAUGACCAGGUACUGGACAGCAGCAUCCAGCUGUCCAAUAUCAAAACACUGAGCUCUGACUCCGGGGAAGUGACCGAGGAACAUCCAGGACAGGAUGGUCCCACAUGGGCCCUGUCCAAUAGCCUCAAGCUUAACCAGGACUUGCAGAGUCUUCAGGGUAACUUUUCGUUCAGUUUGCAACUCGAAGCUUCAUCUGAUGCUGUCAACAACCAACCAAAUUCUACAGCAACCCAUUGGGUCAACCAAGACCCGGAACGGAUCGGGUCCAUUGACAGACGGAACAAUGAGACAAUCGUGUCCAAUGUCCACAACAUCAGAAUCAAACCUCUGAGCAAACUUGUGGGUUCUGGGCAUCAUUUGAAACCUCAACCUCCUGUUGGACAAAUCUCUGAUCCGCCCCCCCCCCCCCAAGAGCUUCAAGGCCAUAGAGGUUCAAACCUGGGACAAGACCACAGACCAGUCGGAGGCAAAGUGCCUCCAUCUGCAGUGAUCCAGCAGGUAUGACACCAGAACCAGGUACUUGUCAAGACAGGGAAAACACGAGACCAGGUCCAAGCAGGGGCGUACACAGGAAACCGUGGAGGACCAGAAUCUGUUUCAGCUCAAAGAAAAGUGUUUCUGCUUGCAGGUGAGCACAAGAGCCACCUUCUUAUCCAUCUAGAUUCUCUAACCUGAACCAGGAGACGACACAGGGGGUAGAGUGGCUCAGUGGUUAAGACCGGUACCCUGUGUGCGAAAGACACCAUGGUCGCAAGUUUGACUCCACCCCUGGCUGAUUGUACUCAAUUCUAUUGUAAGUCGCUUUGGAUAAAAGCUAUGCUAAAUGACAUGUAAUGUCAUGACACAUGAUGCGAGUCCGUAUCACAACAAAAGUCCAGAAGACUUUCUAUUAAGUAAAAUAUUGUUACUUUUCCACUUUAGUGAAUGUUUCCUCACUCACCAACAUACAGUCCUAGAGAAAUUUGAUUUCACUAAAUACUUUUCCAUGUGUGGAGCAAGGUGAUUUCUGUGUGUUUUACACACAUUUUAGGAGUUUAAUGCAAAAUCUUACAAUCAUUGUAGUAAAACUGUGAUUGAUUGUUUGGUUCGGGAUCAUCAGGACUGGAGAUGAGUUAAACCAAUCCCAGCCCAUCUGUCAAACAUCUGGAAGUUUUGUUUUCGUAACAUUUUGCAACUAUUUUUGGUCUUUGUUUGGAUGAAGGUAUGUUACAUACAGCACCUGUAUUUGAACAAUUAUGGCAAUAAUAAGAGUGAGAACUGUUUUCUAUUCAGGUGUGUCUCAUGUCAGAGUCCGACCUGGUCCUGGUCUCUCUGGAAGAUUCCAAACUCAGGACCAGUCCAGACAGCAGACCUUUCAGAGCCCAGUCACCAGAGGAGAAACGAGCAGGAUGUUGGUCCUCGGCCUCACACCACAGACAACGUCCAAGACUCUGGUCUUGAGAACAUGAACAAACUGAUGGCAGUGACAAGGACCAAAAUCCCACCGCAGGACCAGAUGGGUUUACUGGUUUUGAUGGUCCCGGUAGUCCAGGUUCAGACCUCAAAAUCCACAGUAGGUUGAACGGUGAGAGUCUGUAUGGAUCUAGUGUUCACCAAGGCAUCGUCAGAGGUACGAACAACUUCCACACACGACACUGCAAAGGUUUCGGGUAGUGAUCUGAUCACGUUCAGGUCAAUGAGUGAAUGUCACUAACCGCAACCGAGAGACGCGUCCAUCUAAUUUGUAUCGUCUGAUUCAAUACAAAGUAGUUUUAUAGAGGGAUACGGCGCCACCUAUGAAGGCAGAGUCCUCCACAUGUAAACCCAGACUCUGUAAGUUCUCUGAUUGUCUGUCUUAGUCUGACUACGACCUUAACAAAGCUUGUUUUUGUUUGUUUUCAAGUGACCACAGCUGAUCAAGAAAGACCUCACACACACAUUCAAUAAAAGGUUAAAUUGCUUUCA